UAAUUAUGCGACUAAAUCUCCUCCGAUAUUUUGCGUCUCUAUUUUGGGAAUUACAGCAGCAUCUGGUUUCUCAUUUCUCAGUCUUCGUAUUGGAACUCUGUCGAGUGUUUUUAGGUUAUUCUAGCUAGCAAUGGGUAAAGCAAAAGAUGCGGGAGGCAAAGGAAAAGGGAAGCAAGCAGCAGCUUCUAGCGACGAGAAUGCUUCAAAGGGCAAGGGGAAAGCUGGAAAAUCAGAUGGACUUGGAACUUGCACUUAUGUCAAAGCAAGGCAUAUUUUAUGCGAGAAGCAGGGCAAGAUCAAUGAAGCUUACAAGAAAUUGCAAGAUGGUUGGCUAGACAAUGGAGACAAAGUACCGCCUGCUGAGUUUGCAAAGGUAGCAGCAGAAUAUUCAGAAUGUCCUUCAGGAAAGAAGGGUGGAGACCUUGGAUGGUUCCCACGCGGUAAGAUGGCCGGCCCAUUCCAAGAAGUCGCUUUCAACACGCCAGUUGGAGCCACGAGUGCACCAUUUAAAUCAACUCAUGGAUAUCACGUAAUCUUAUCCGAAGGAAGGAAGAAUUGAUGGAAUCAAAGCUCGAACUUAUUGCACCAUAGAUUGUUAUCAACAUUCUGUAAACUGGAUAUUAAUUGUGGCGCUUCUUUGUUACUUGUGAUGUUUGAAUACCCUACUAAGCAGGAGUUUUCAUGAAUAUAGUUGUGCCUAGUGAUUUUCCCAAAUUCA